CGCGCCUCGUGUCGAUGAGGAAGAGAGCGGCAUCAGCAUCGGCGGCAGCCAAAUCUGUGGCGAAGGGUAAGUCGACGGGGCACGACGCCUUCUUCACUUCGCCCGAUCCUUCCUCCAAACCCUACCAUUUCGAUCUCCCGUCGUUCCCUACUGCAACUGCCGCCUCCUCCUCCCUAAACACCACCCCUGCCUCCUACUUGCGCCACCCCCCAUCACCUCCCCCUUCCGCCAAGGACAAGACCACCACCCUAGCCACCAUCUCCGAUCUUAAGGCCUUGGCCUCCUCCCGCAUCGACUCCCUCAAGCGACACCUUGACCUAUGUCGCUCCGACAUCCUCAGGGACUUCGACGCUUCCAACACUCGCCUCUCCAAACGCUUCAAGAUCCAAACAAAAGCUUGCCUGCAAUUAACAGAGGAGGCAGAAAAGGACUAUAAGAAGAUUGCUGAUAGGAUUAGUGAACAUACAGAAAUAAUAAAGGCCUCAUAUGCAGAAGUUAUCAGCGAAGCUCAUUCCACAGCCUCUCGUGUUUGUAAGGUUUCCAUCCCUGAGCUGAUACAAUCGACGGAGAAAGCUAUUGAAGGAUUGCGUAGUCGUUAUAAGAUUCCAGCAACUCCAAUUUAAUCAAAUCUCAAAGUUUGCUUUGAGAUUUUUCUGGGUUGCAUUCUCAAUCGCUGGAUGGUUUGAAGGCCACUUUAUGAUUCGUGUGAAUAAAAGAUUUCAAAACCACUAACAGAGAAGUGUAAUCACUGUUACGUGUAGCAGCUAGGUUUCUAGCUUGAGACUACUCUAUGUUACACACGAUCAGUAAUCUUGUCAUCCUUUGUUUUGGCACCAGAAUGAUUGAUGCCUUAUCUCAGUUGUUUCGACUGAAAUCCCUCAAGGGUUCAGAUUUGACAUUUCAGCAGA